AUGGACUUGAGGCUGUUUGAAAGUAAUGGAGAUAAGAAGCUAGCCUCCACUUUGUUGAUCGGCAUAGCUGACCACAGCACACCAGGAACCAGCAGGUGCCACACAAUGGGAGACUCCCACAGGACAGACAGCACAAAGAUGAACGCAGGAAUAGCGGGUAUAAUUGCAGCCACAGCCAAACUGGUAUGUUAUUUUACCAACUGGUCACGAUACAGAACUGGUGUGGGGAAAUUCCUGCCAGAAAACAUAGACCCCUUCCUCUGUACCCACCUGGUUUAUGCCUUCGCCAUCAUCAACCAUGCUAAUGAGAUCACUGAGUAUGAGUGGAAUGAGAAAAGCCUCUAUAAAUCAUUCACUGAGCUCAAAGACAGAAACCCCAGGCUGAAGACUUUACUGUCUGUCAGAGAGGGGGACGAUGGAUCUCAAAAGUUUUCCAUCAUGAUGUCCACUCAAGCCAACCGUCAGACAUUCAUCCAGUCUACUAUCAAAUUCCUGAGGACUCAUGGAUUUAAUGGUCUGGAUCUGGACUGGGAGCACCCUGGAUCUGAUGAACGUCCUCCAGAGGACAUACACAGGUUCACUCUGCUCUGCAAGGAGAUUUCAGAGGCCUAUGAAGCUGAGAGUAAAGGAAGCAGUAACACACAGCUGUUCCUCUCUGCAGCCAUGGCAGCACAAACAGAUGCUACUGAUACACGAUACGAGCUCUCUGUGAUGUCAGAGUACCUGGACUUCAUCAGUGUUAAGACUUUCGAUGCCAAUGGUGGUCAAGAUAAAGUGACAGCCCACCACAGUUCACUCUACUCUGAAAACAAUGCUAACGUGGAUUAUGUUAUGCAGUUCUUCUUGAAGCAAGGAGCCCCAGCAGGAAAGUUAUUGCUGGGUUUUCCUUCUCAUGCUCGUUCCUUCACACUCUCCACCACAGCAACAGGCCUGGGAGCCCCAAUCAGUGGCCCUGCCAAUCCAGGGCCCUUCACCCAGCAGAUUGACCUCUGGUCAUACUAUGAGACGUGUUCCUUCCUGAGAGGUACCUCAGUGCACUGGAUUGAUGGUCAGAAAGUUCCCUACGCUGUCAAAGGCAGUCAGUGGGUCGGCUUUGAUAACCAGAGGAGCUAUAAUGCCAAGGUGGACUAUCUGAAGAGCAAGCGGCUGGGAGGAGCUGCUGUGUGGACUCUGGAUAUGGAUGACUUUUCUGGACAGUUCUGUGAACAGGGCAAAUAUCCACUGAUAUCACAAUUAAAAUAUAAACUCAGUGAAGACUGGACAACACAAGAAACAACUCCUGCAGUGCUUCACCCCACAGACUCCUCCUCUCCAUCUGAGGGCACACAGCCCACACAGGACCCAGUCAUCACAGCCAAACUGGACACCAGCUGCUUCCAUAACAUCACCGUUGUGUAUCCUGUCAGCAGCUUCUGCACACGCAGAGCUGAUGGAUUGUAUCCCAUCUGCAUCAAUGGGGAGGGUGUUGAGAGGGUGCCCAGCUUCAAGUUCCUGGGUGUGCACAUAGACGCAGACCUCCAGUGGAGCACUAACACCUCGGCGGCCGUGAAGAAGGCCCAGCAGCGUCUCCAUUUCCUGAGGAUCCUCAGGAGGAUCAACCUGAGGAGGGAGCUGCUGACCGUCUUCUACUGCUGCUCCAUUGAGAGUGUGCUGACAUACUGUAUCUCUGUGUGA